UUUUAUAUUUCUUGAUAAGAAACGUGAAAUAGACUAUGCACAGAAGGCCAAAAAUUUAGCUUAAAAGGCUAGGGGUAAAGAACUAGUUCAUUGAUAGAUUGUUCUAUUCAAAAUUUGUUUUUUUUGGAUCGCUUUUAUUUUCCCAUUAUUCUUUUUUUUUUUUCAAAUUUCAUUGAUAGAUGAAAUAAAGGAGUGAAACUCCAAACGUUCGAUAGGUAAAUUACACAAAUGGUCUCCAAUUGGACAUUAAAAAAGAAGAGCCAUAAAGAGUAAAAGGAUGCUUAUUCUUGCACCAGAAAAAGCAGUAAAGUGUAGGAAACCUUCCUAAAGAGACUACCAUUCCUAGCAUACCAAAGAGUCUAGAAAAAAGCACGACUGAAAUUGAAAGCAAACUAAAGGACCUCUUUUCUGCCACAAAAAGGAUGACCCACCAAAACUGAAAGGAGUUGUUGGGAAAAGAUAAUGACCAAUGAAAAGUCCCCAACAUGGUAGCUGAAAAACGAUAACUAUAAGCAAACAAACAAUGCAUGAAAAGAUCGCAUGAAGCAUGAAGUUGCCACAUCAGAUACACACAUAAUACACCAAGAAUGCACCAAGGAGGUAAAGCCAUAUAAAACAUUUGCCUUUGUAAUCAAUCAACUCUAUUAAUAGCCCCAAGGCUGAACUCCCAAAGAAGAAAGGAUACUUAUCCUUCCAAAUGUAUUAUAAAGGUCCUUUGAAAGAGGAUCAGUAGUACCCACCAAAUCUUCCAUGAGGGAUUUAAUGGUAUAAGAUCCUAAAGAUGCAAGUGGCCAAGUCCAAAUUUCAGGAAAAUUUUGGAGCUGAACAAUGGACAGAAGAUGGGCAAGAGUUGCCCAUUCAAUCAUCUCUCUAUCAUUAAGAUUCGCGUGAAUAGAAAACAUUCUCAAGAAUGCCACAACUUAACCAAUAGUCCUUCCAGAACAAAGUAGAAUGACUAUUGCUAAGCCUACAAUGGGUACGACUAGCAAUCAAAUCCACUUUGGGGGAUUUAUAGGAACCAGACAUAAUGAGGCAAGACCACCUAACCAGAGUAUUUAGUGUCAAUGAGUUUCCUCCAUAAUGUUUGAGGCUCCUGAAGAUAGCGUCAAGUCCAUUUGGUCACUAAAGCCAAGUUUUGAUGCUGAAAAUUAUCAAUACCAAGGCCACCCUUCAAUUUCAAAGUGAAGGGGAUGCAUUUGGUCAGGGAGUUGGAAAAAGACUUGAAAAUUGCGAAUGUCAUCUGCAGGAAUGGGAAGAGACACCUAAAUUCGUCAAUGCUCGAAGUCUCUAGAGAUCUUAUUGUAAACUCUAACUCCAAGAAGAAACAAGCACUUCUGGACAUGCUUCCAGUUUUGAGUGAGCUUCGUCAUGCUGUGGACAUGCAAUCAAUGCUCGAGACCCUUGUUGAAGAGGGAAAUUAUUAUAAGGCGUUUCAGGUCUUAUCUGAGUAUUUGCAGCUAUUGGAUAGUUUUUCAGAGCUUUCAGUAAUUCAGGAGAUGAGCCGUGGCGUUGAGAUUUGGCUUGGAAGAACCCUGCAAAAGUUGGAUUCACUUUUGAUAGAAGUCUGCCAGGAGUUCAAGAAGGAGGCCUAUUUAACCGUGGUUGAUGCCUAUGCACUAAUAGGGGAUGUCUCCGGUCUCGCUGAAAAGAUACAAAGCUUUUUUAUGCAGGAAGUUAUAUCAGAAACCCAUUCUGCCUUGAAAGACAUUGUGCAAGAGGAUCAGGAUGUACAUAUACAAAAUAGUAGGCUUACAUACAGUGAUCUAUGCUUUCGGAUACCUGAAUCGAAGUUUAGGCUGUGUUUAUUAAAAACACUAGCUGUUUUAUUUACCUUGAUGUGCUCAUAUUAUCAAAUCUUAAGCUUCCAACUGGAUACCAAGGAUUCAAUUGAACAAACUCGUAGCAUGAAGCAACCAGAAGAUAAUCAUGACAUUAAUUUAGGAGAUACUGAGGAAUUGACAAUCAAUGUCUCUUCAAUGGGGAGUACAGGAAUUACAAAUUCUGUUUACAUGGAUGGGGGUGAUUCCAAUAGGGAGUCCCGGACGGAUAGCAGUACAGCAUCAACCAGUGGUUCUCCCUGGUAUCAUCUGAGAAAAGAUGCUAUACAUUUUGUUUCCCAAACCCUACAAAGAGGCCGUAAGAACCUUUGGCAACUAACUACUAGUCGCGUGUCGGUACUUCUUUCUUCUGCUGCUGUUUGUUCGACGAGCAUUCAUCAAUUCUUGAAAAACUACGAAGAUCUCAAUGUCUUCAUAUUGGCUGGAGAAGCCUUCUGUGGAGUUGAAGCAGUUGAAUUUAGGCAAAAGUUGAAGACUGUAUGUGAAAACUAUUAUGUUGCUUUCCAUAAGCAGAGUAUGCACGCUCUAAAGAUGGUUAUGGAAAAAGAGAAUUGGCUUACACUGCCAUCAGAUACGGUUCAAGUUGUUAGUUUUGCUGGACUUCUUGGUGAUGGGGCACCUUUGUUUGUUACAUCUGAGGGUAACUCAUCUAAUGGCAAGGUCCCACGUUCAGAUAAGUCAACAAGCUCAAUCAGUACAGGCAUGGAUAGAAGUGGUUUUUUGCAGUGGCUCAAAAGUGGAAAUCCAUUUUUACUUAAACUAAUGCAUACUUGUAAGGAAGGCACACCAAAUGGUAUCCAUUAUGGAGAAGUGGAUGGAAGUGUAGGUGAAAGUCCUCAUAGGAGUAAUGCCUCUCCAACUAAAUAUCCAGACAAUCUUGCAAAUGGUGCUAAUACUGUUUCUGAAGAUGAAGAUGAAGAUCUUUUAGCUGACUUUAUUGAUGAAGAUAGUCAACUCCCAAGCAGAAUUUCGAAACCCAAACUUUCACGAAACCACUCUUCUAACCAUAGUAAUGAUGAUAUUACAGCACAAACAGGAUCAUCUCUAUGCCUUUUAAGGUCCAUGGACAAAUAUGCAAGGCUUAUGCAGAAACUAGAGAUUGUGAAUGUUGAGUUUUUCAAGGGAAUGUGCCAGUUGUUUGAAGUGUUCUUCUAUUUUGUAUACGAGACUUUUGGCCAGCCUAGCACUUCUUCUGGUGGAAAAGGCUUUCCAGACUCCCUCAAUUAUAAGUUGAAGACAGCCUUGUCAAGAGCUGCACAGGAUUGUGAGCAGUGGAUAAGACCCCAUUCAUCUUCCCCAUCAGCUUCGAGUUCGACAUUUUCUUUCAACGAAGUUACCCCAAGCCCUCCUGGCACUAGCUUAGGUUACUUGCAUGGAACGUCUUUUGGUCUCAAGGAAAGGAGUGCAGGUGCUGACUCAUUAUCACUUGUGGCGAGAAUAAUGCAUAGGUCGAAAGCUCAUAUUCAGUCCAUGCUUCUGCAAACUAAUGUGGCUGUAAUUGAAGACUUUUACGUACAUCUGUUGGAUGCCGUCCCAUAUCUCAUUGAGCAUAUACAUAAGAACACUGCAAGACUACUUCUUCAUGUCAGUGGUUAUGUUGAUCGGAUAGCCAAUGCAAAAUGGGAAGUAAAAGAGCUUGGACUAGAGCAUAAUGGGUAUGUUGACUUGUUAUUGGGAGAAUUCAAGCAUUAUAAAACAAGGCUGGCUCAUAGUGGAGUUCGUAAGGAGGUUCAAGACCUCCUCUUGGAGUAUGGACUGGAUAUUGUUGCAGAAACCCUUAUCGAAGGUAUAUCACGAGUAAAGAGAUGUUCAGAUGAAGGACGCGCUCUCAUGUCAUUAGAUCUUCAGGUGUUAAUCAAUGGCUUGCAACAUUUUGUUUCUGCGAACGUGAGGCCUAAGUUACAAAUGGUUGAGACCUUUAUUAAGGCAUACUACCUUCCAGAAACUGAAUACGUACACUGGGCACGAGCUCACCCGGAAUACAGUAAGAGCCAAGUUAUUGGUCUGGUUAACUUGGUUGCAUCGAUGAAAGGGUGGAAGAGGAAAACCCGGUUGGAAAUAUUGGAGAAGAUUGAGUGAACCAAUUAUAUUUUUGGAUAAUUAUGUACGAACAAAGCAUUUGAGUCACUCCACUUUCUUUUAUUUUUCUCCCAUUGGUGUUCAUUAUAGGAAGAAAUAAUGUAUGUUCAAAGUAUUGUCUACCAUCUUUGUUCUCCAGUUUGUAUAGUUAUUAAAAUCUCAUUUUAAUAUCAUAAUUCUGCUAUCAAAGAUUUAAAAUGUAAAUUCUGCAGAAGAGUUGUUUAUGGUUGUAAAACAAGCAUAUAAUGCUAGUUUUAUAUCUUAUUUGUCACUUCAAAUGCUAUGCGGUGGAAUACAACAUUUGAUUUAUCCCU